ACGCGCCGUCCGAUUUCUGAUGCAAAUUUGUGCUUCGAUCGCUCAAUUCCUCGCUUGGGUUCCAUUCCUUGUACUAUUAGCGACGGUGGGCUCUUCUUCUUCUUCCAAAUCUCUCCUCAAUUGUCAUCCUUUAGAUCAACACCUUGUAAACCCUAGUCGUCAGCUUGAUUUCCUCAGAGCAAUGUCUUCCGUCUAUGAUUACAUAACCGAAGGCAAGCUCUGGGUCGUUUCUUCCAUCACCGAUCUAUCUCCACCCAUUUAUGUGUUUCUACAGUGCCGCGAAGAUCUCUCUGUUUCCGAUUGUCGACAUUGCUUUAACGAGAGCAAAUUGGAGCUCGAGAGAAAAUGUUCAGGUUCCGGUGGUCGAAUUCAUAGUGAUGGAUGCUUCUUACGGUUUGAUGAUCGAGAUUUCUCAGAGGAGUUUGUUGAUCCUAGAUUUGAUAGAGCCAAAUGUGAGGAAACAGAGCCAGGGUUUGGAGAUUUUUGGAAAUAUCUUGAUGAGGCUUUGGUGAAUGUAACUUUAAAGGCUGUUAAAAAUGGAGGGUUUGGUGCAGCUGCUGUGACUAGAGCCGAGGCGGUGUAUGCAUUGGCUCAGUGUUGGCAAACACUUGAUGAGAACUCGUGCCGAGAGUGUUUGGUUAAUGCUAGAUCGAGCUUGAGAGCUUGUGGUGGGCAUGAAGCUAGCGCUUUCUUUACAGGGUGUUACUUGAAGUAUUCUACACACAAGUUCUUUGAUGAUGCUGCUGAACAUAAACCUGACGCUGAUCACAGAAACUUUAUAAGUUACAGACGGGUUUCAAGAAAAAGAAAAGCUCAAGUUCCAUCAUGUUCAAAUUUCAAAUACGAGAUACUUGAGAAGGCGACCGAGUCUUUCCAUGACUCUAUGAAACUAGGCCAAGGAGGGGCCGGUUCUGUAUACAAAGGGAUUCUUCCAGAUGGCAGAAUCGUUGCAGUCAAAAAGCUCUUCUUCAACACACGUGAAUGGGCGGAUCAGUUCUUCAACGAAGUGAAUUUGAUCAGCGGAGUUCAACACAAGAACCUUGUGAGACUACUUGGUUGCAGCAUUGAAGGUCCCAAAAGUCUUCUUGUCUAUGAAUAUGUUCAUAAUAGAAGCCUUGAUCAAAUCCUUUUCAUGAAGAAUACAGUCCAUAUUUUAAGCUGGAAGCAACGGUUUAACAUCAUUAUAGGAAUUUCAGAAGAUUUUGGACUCAUACGUUCAAUGGGCACUGACAAAACGCAAACCAAUACUGGAAUUGCUGGAACACUUGGUUAUUUGGCUCCUGAAUAUCUUAUCAAAGGCCAAUUAACAGAGAAAGCUGACGUUUACGCAUUCGGAGUUCUUAUAAUCGAGAUAGCUACUGGAAAGAAAAACAACGCAUUCACGCAAGGCACUAGCUCGGUUUUAUUCUCUGUAUGGGAGCAUUUUAAAGCAAACACUUUAGAUCGCUCGAUUGAUCCUCGGUUGAAAGGGAGUUUCUCAGAGGAAGAGGCCUUGAAGGUUCUCCAAAUCGGAUUGUUGUGUGUUCAAUCUUCAGUAGAAUUAAGACCGUCAAUGUCUGAGAUAGUCUUCAUGUUAAAGAACAAAGAUAGUAAAUUUGAAUGUCCGAAACAGCCUCCGUUCUUGAGUGCCAGUGUUCUAAUGCCAGAUGAGGAGACUAGAGUCUGAUAUUAUCAGUUUCUUAGGAUUUUUAUUGUUCUUCUGUAAAUGCUCAAAGAGGGAUUUUACACC